AAAGGGUUUCUAGGUGGAGGAGGCUCACAGAAAUAAAAAAGAAAAAGGUAUAUAUAUUUUUUGAAAUACUCGAAGACGUCCCUCCAAAACAGCCCUUAUUUUCAGUUUGCAAAUUGAAAAAUAGUUUAUCUUCAUCUCACUCCUCAGUCUCUGUAUGUUGGUUCGCACAAAUAAGGUCCUAAACGUCCUCUUGAGAGCUCCUUACUUGUUUGAACUUCCUCCCUCGCUUUCCUCUGUCUCAUAUCAAUCUUCACGCAGCCAAGCAAUCCCAGAAAGCUUAGAUGACACAACCUCUCGAGUAUCAGCUUUUCUUAAGCAACCCAAUUGGGAAAGGAACAAUCUUCUUAAGUCACUGGUCUCUCACAUGGCCCCAUAUGCAGCUACCAAGGUUUUACAGCUUCACGGCAACGACAUUGAACUUGGGGUACGGUUUUUCAAGUGGGUUUGCAAGCAUUCUACUUAUUGUUAUGAUUUUGAUAAUAGAAUUCUUCUGUUGAAUUUGAUGGUGUCUUCUUCCAAUUUGUAUGUGAUUGCACAAAAAGCCAUAAUUUUGUUAAUCAAGGAGUUCAGUAAUAGUGAGCCUGAGAUUCUAAAGCUGAUGGAGGCAUUGGAUAAUAUGCGAAAGAUUGGAUUUUGGUUGAGUUAUCCUUGUUAUAGUAGUCUUUUGAUGUCUUUAGCUAGUUUGGAUUUGGGGUUUUUGUCAUUCUUGGUGUAUAAAAGAAUGGUAGACAAUGGUUUUCUUCUUGGUGUUAUUGACUACAGGACUAUAAUUAAUGCUUUAUGCAAGAAUGGGUUUGUGCAAUCUGCUGAAAUGUUCUUGUGCAUGGUUUUAAAACUUGGGUUUCAGUUGGACACUCAUAUUUGUACUUCUUUAGUGUUGGGUAAUUGUAGAGAAUGUAAUCUCCGGGAGGCCUCCCGGGUGUUUGAUAUAAUGUCUAAAGGGGGUAGCUGUGGACCUAAUUCCGUGACGUACUCCAUAUUGAUUCAUGGUUAUUGUCAGAUUGGUAAACUUGAUGAAGCUUUUCAUCUGAAAAAAGAGAUGAGUGAGAAGGGCUGCCAGCCGACUACUCGUACAUAUACUGUACUCAUCAAGGCUUUGUGUGACAUUGGGUCGACUGAUAAGGCUCUAGGUUUGCUUGAUGAGAUGGUUUCAAAGGGUUGUAAACCUAAUGUUCAUACUUAUACCAUAUUGAUUGAUAGAUUAUGCAGGGAAGGAAAGAUUGAGGAGGCCAAUGCAAUGUUUAGAAAGAUGCUUAAAGGUGGGCUUUUUCCUGGCACAGUAACUUACAAUGCACUGAUAAAUGGAUACUGCAAAGAAGGGCGCGUGAUUCCUGCUUUUGAGCUACUUGGUGUGAUGGAGAAAAGACAAUGUAAGCCUAACAUUCGUACCUACAAUGAGCUCAUGGAAGGGCUAUGCAAAGUUUAUAAAACUUACAAAGCCAUGUUUCUUUUGAAAAGAGUAGUUGAUAAUGGUUUGUUGCCUAACAGAGUAACUUACAAUAUUUUAAUUGAUGGCUUUUGCCGAGAAGGCCAACUUGGAUUGGCUUUUGAAACAUUUAAGUCAAUGAGCUCAUGUGGUCUUGAACCAGAUUGUUUUUCUUUCACUGCCUUAAUUGAUGGUUUCUGUAAACAAGGGAGACCAGGGCAUGCAAUCAGCAUUUUAGGUUCAAUGGUAAAGAAGGGUAUUUCCCCUGAUGAAGUUACUAUGACAGCUCUUAUUGAUGGUUAUUGCAAGAUUGGUGAAAUUGGAAAUGCAUCAAUGCUUUUUGGGAAUCUGGUGGAGAAGAGGACCUUGACAACAGCACACACAUUCAAUUGUUUUCUUGAUGUUCUCAGCAAAGAUGAUAAGGUGCUUGCAACGCAGGCAAUGUUGGGGAAGAUGCUAAAGUAUGGAUCAGUUCCGUCUGUAGUGACUUAUACAAUAUUAGUCAAUGCGCUUUGCCAAACUGGUGAGAUUACCUGUGCACUGAAAAUGUUGGAUUUGAUGAGGCAGACUAGCUGCCCUCCAAAUGUCUACACCUAUACCGUUGUGAUCAAUGGCCUCUGCCAAAAUGGAAGAGUGGAGGAAGCUGAAAUCCUUCUCUUUAGUAUGUCUGAUUUCGGGAUACCUCCAAACCACAUUACAUAUACUGUAUUAAUUAAAGCUCUUGUUAAUGUUGGUAGGUUGGAUCAUGCCUAUGAGAUUCUGCGUGUUAUGGUUCAAAAAGGUUAUCAACCAAGCACUCGAAUCUAUUCUGCGCUCCUUGCAGGUUCUGUUUUGUCAAGCGAGGCUAAGGAAGAAGCAAGAUCAGUUAGUUCUUCCAACUUUGUAGAUGCUGGAACAUUACCUUCAAGGGACACUAAUGAUAAUUGCAUUUCCAGACAUGUCUUUAGGAAUAUGGAGAUCGAACAUGCUUUCCGUCUUGAAGAAAAGAUCACAAGAUGUGGUGGGUCGGCAACAGAUUUGUACAACUUUGUUGUUAUGGGUUUAUGCCGGGAGGCAAGAGUUGCUGAAGCAGAUCAGAUUACCAAAGAUUUACUAAAACGCGGUCUGCUUCCUGAGAAGGCUGUUUGUGCUCUCAUCAACAGCUACUGCAAGGAACGCCAAUAUGAUCACUGUCUGGACUUCAUGAAAACAAUUCUGAACCAUGGUUUUGUUCCAUCUGUUUCAUCAUACUGUUCAGUGAUUCAGGGUCUUGAUAGUGAAGGCAGGGCUGAACAAGGUGAAGAACUGUUCUCUGACCUUUUAAGACACAAUGACAUCAAGGAAAAGGCUGCAGUUUUACCAUAUCUGGAGAUCCUAGUAAAGAAAGAGGAACCUGAGCAUUGCCUUGACAUUCUCAAAUUGAUUGAGCAAAUGGGUUGCAGAGAGAGGCCUAUUAUCUAGCAGCCUAGGUCAUUUUCAGAUAUGGUAGUGCUUCAGUUGGUCUUAUGCAGAUACCAGAUUUUAAGUUGUUCUCUACAAUGGUGCUCAUCCUCAUCAGCUAUGGAUUAGAAUUUUUCUUCUUUGGUUAAACUAGGGAUUUGAAAUUUGAGAUCUCUUUUUUUUAUCAUUAAAGAGAGAGAAAUUCAGUACUAACUUUGUAAAAUCUCUAACCAUUGUAAGAGUGGACUUCAUGAAGUCAAAUUUUGUAAAUUAUCAACACCAUUUAGUUUUUCAUAUUAGCUCUGUCCUCAUGAUUAUGGAAAUUGCAAAUUUCCUGAGUUAAAUGUUUU